UAGACUUACCCAUUUGGACCACCACAACAAACACAAAGUAGGAGCACUCACAAACACAAAGCAAGCUUCAAUUCCUCCACUCGCCGCCGACCCAAGCCCCUGCCCAGCGCCAACCCAAGCCCCUCCCAGCGCCGACAACGCCGAUUGAUCUCUUCCUUCUCCGCCCCUAUCUCUCUGCUAUCUCAUUUCUCCUCUGUCUCUCAAUCUUUCUCCGUCUCAAACACCAAGACCCACGAUCGCCGGUGCUGGGUUUUGAUCUUGUCGCCGUGAUAGACCUAUUGGUUAUUGUUUUCUCAUGGCACCUAAAGCAAGAACAACUCGCCGGAGUACUCGACACUCACCACCCGCACACUUCUUCAAGAUUAUCCUCCCCUCCACCAUUGAAAACAUGAAGCUGAGUAUCCCUCCAAAGUUUGUGAUAGAUUUUGGGGAUGAGAUUUCCACUAUAGCUACACUUACUGUUUCCUGCAGUGGUACUUGGAAAGUGGGAUUGUUGAAAGCUGAGAAGAACAUUUGGUUUUGUGAUGGUUUGGAGGACUUUUUUGAGCAUCAUUCUAUUUCUGCUGGGCACUUUUUGGUCUUCAGAUACGAAGGACAUUCAAAUUUCCACGUUAUCAUAUUUGAUAAGACAGCUACCGAGAUUCAAUAUCCAUCUAGCAAAAAUAUUUUAUUGGAAGAACUCGAGGACAUGGUGGAAUUAGAUGAUUCGAACAUGUCAAGGCAUGACACGCAGCCUUCUAGCACUUGUUCAAAAGGAAGAGAGAGAGCUAUCCAAGCAGCCAAAAUGUCCAUGACUAAAAGUCGUUCUUUCAUGACUGUCUUGCAACCGUAUAAUAUACGGUUUAAAUAUGUUUACGUGCCUAAGGGAUUUGCUAACAAGCAUGUUGCUUGGAAUCAAUUUGUCAAUCUUCAGACUAGUGGAGAAAAACAAUGGCGUGUCCGGUGCUAUUGCCAUACUAGUACAUCUUCAGCCAUGAGAUUGGGGAUGGGAUGGGCUGCAUUUUCAAGGGACAAUUAUUUACAAGAAGGAGAUGUUUGCGUCUUUGAGGUGAUCAAGCUAAGUCCUGCUGUGCUCAUGAGGGUUUCCAUAUUUCGUGCGCAUGACUAUGCAGUCAGUUAAGUUUCAAAUUAAGUUCAUACUAAGAUAACUUCAACUUUAAAAGUCAGGAUUAGUUGGUGAUGUUUAUGCAGCACCUUUUGUUAUAUAUAUUAAGGGACCUGUGUUUGUUCACUUAGUUUAUUUCUGAUGGGCAUUGAUUUAAGACUUCUUUCUGAUCAGUUUAGUGGGUCUUGUUGAAUUUGUUCAUAAUAUA